AAAUGAAUCCAGUACCCCAGCUAGGUGGUGCUGAUAGAGGACCCGUUUCUCGGGUGGAACUUCGCAUAGAGUGUAAAGCCCUAAAGAAAAAGGAUGAGUUUUCCAAGUCCGAUCCAUGUGCAGCUCUGUACAUGCUGAAUAGAAAGGGGCAGAAUUGGGAGGAAAUUGGAAGAACAGAGUUAAUAAAGAACUGUCACGACCCAAAAUUUACACGGGCUUUCAGAGUGGACUACUUCUUUGAGGAAGUGCAGAAAGUGAAAGUAGAAGUGUAUGAUCUGGAUAACGAAACAGCAACACUUGAGGAUGAUGAUUUUUUGGGCAAAAUUGAAUGUAAUUUAGGGGAGAUAGUUUCCAGGAAUCCCUACUCAGGGCCUCUUUUGAAGAAGGAUGGGAAACCCAUGGGAGGAUCCACAAUUUCUAUUAGAUCAGAAGAGGUUAAGGAAGGAGGAGAGAUGGUUCACAUGAAGUUCAGUGCCACCAAACUGGACAACAAGGAUUUUUUGGGGAAGUCUGAUCCUUAUCUGGAAAUCUCAAAGAAGGCAACUGACGGAUCUUGGCAGGUUGUUCACAGGACAGAGGUGAUCAAGAAUACAUUAAAUCCUGUAUGGCGGCCAUUUACUCUUUCUGUCCAUGCUAUGUGUGGUGGAAACAAGUCAGAAGAUAUCAAGUUUGAUUGCUAUGAUUAUGACAGUGAUGGGUCACAUGAUUUCAUUGGAACAUUCACAACUACAUUAGCAGAUAUGGAGUCUAACACACAAGGGGGAAAGCAGGCCAGUUACCCUUGUAUUAAUCCAAAGAAACAGUCCAAAAAGAAGUACCAGAACUCAGGAGUUAUACACCUUACUGAACUUAAGAUUUUCAAGAGACCAUCAUUCCUGGAAUUUGUUUAUGGGGGAAUGCAGAUAAACUUCACAGUGGGAAUUGAUUUCACUGGAUCAAAUGGAAACCCAAGUAGCCCUAAUUCUUUACAUUAUAUUAAUCCCUACCAACCUAAUGAAUACAUGCAAGCUAUACAGGCCGUGGGCAAUGUCUGCCAGGAUUAUGAUACGGAUAAAUUGUUUCCUGCCCUAGGAUUUGGUGCUAAACUUCCUGAUGGAACUGUUUCCAUGGAGUUUGCCAUCAAUUUCAACCCCAGCAACCCAUACUGUGCAGGGAUUGGUGGUGUCCUUGAAGCCUACAAAGCAUGCAUACAGAGGGUGGCCCUCUAUGGACCCACUAAUGUAGCCCCCAUCAUAUACCAUGUGGCCAGGUUUGCUGAGCAGGCACAGAGGGAGGAAGGCACAAAAGGGGCACAUGCCUAUUUUAUCCUACUCCUGUUAACAGAUGGUAUAAUCACUGAUAUGGACAAGACUAGAGAUGCCAUUGUUUAUGCCUCAGGCCUGCCUAUGUCCCUCAUCAUUGUGGGGGUAGGGGAUGCAGACUUCACUGAUAUGAACUUUCUAGAUGGGGAUGAUGGAGUUCUAAAGGGGGCCAAUGGCAAACCAGCGUUGAGGGAUAUCGUUCAGUUUGUGCCUUUUAGAGACUUCAGGAUGUCUGCUAGUGCUGAGUUGGCACGCAAUGUUUUGGCAGAGGUUCCACAACAAGUGGUGCAGUACUAUGAAAUGAGGAAGAUUCCUCCCAAACCAAGACCAGCCCAAACACAGACUUAAAAAUAACAACGUCUGCAGGAUCUAAAUGAGACAUAAUGAGUGCUUAUAUAAAACCAGCACAUCACUUGUGUAAUAUUUUAAUGGUGCUAACAUGGUGUGGCUCUGUAAGUUAUUAAUGAAUUUAAUUGCAUAAGUUAAAUUUUCUCUUAAAGGUUUUUAGUAAUACAAUUUAGAUACAUUACAUUUAGGCAUGUAAUUUUGUUUGUCAGGGUGCCCAAUUUAUGCAUUAU